GGAGUUCCUUGAGGGAGGCUAUCACGUUAUCCUGAAUAGUACAAUGUGCAUACAUGUACGUGUGUAGCGACUUGUAUCAAUUAUCAGAUAGCAUAAAGGCAUUAAGCGAAAGAUUUCCGGCACGUAACAUUCCGUUACUUAUCUUACAUGUAACAUUACUAUACAGCCAAUAACGAAAUGAACGAGAUGACCAUUUCAAGUAACUCCGUGGGAAUCUUUGCUAUCUUUAUGCUUAAUUUCUUCCCAGACGGUCUACACGGUUUGAGCUGUGAUUUUGACAGAGGACUUUGUGAUUGGCUACAAAUCAACAGAGAUCAAUUUGAUUGGAAGGAAAGGUUCGGCCGAUCCCCAGAGAGAACGUCCGGUCCUUUGUCCGAUCACACCGGAAAUGGGAGUUACGUUUAUGUAUCGGGGUAUGAUAGUCAAGGCCCUCAAUCAGUCGCCAUUCUUUCGAGUCCUGCUCUCUAUUUAUCCUGGCCCGUCACAUUAUCCUUCUGGUACCACAUGAAUGGUGUAGGUAUCGGAAACCUGUCGCUCUUGGUUACCGACAAGUAUGGCAACCAGAGGACGGUAUGGAACAAACAUGGCCGUCAGGGCCCGGAUUGGCUACAGGCUAUUCUCAAUCUCGACACAUCUGCUGCAAAAAUUGAAUUUGUCGCCAGUGCUAAGUACCAUUAUAACGCCAUAAUUGCUGUUGAUGACGUGAUAGUAAAUAUUGAACCUGUCGAAAUUGAGGUAACUUUAGCACCCGAGCUACAUACAACCAGAGGACCAACAUAUACGGGCGAAUUCCCUGACUGUAGUUUUGACCAGUCCCUGUGUAUGUGGCAACAAUCUACCUCAGACGAGCUCGACUGGCACAGGGUUCAAGGGUCAUCUCCCGAUCGCACUUCCGGUCCAGCCGCAGACCACACUUCCGGAAAUGGCUAUUACCUCUUGCUGAUGGGUCACGAAACCCGAAAUUUGACCUGGACAGCACACUUAUUUAGCCCGCUGAUCUCCGUGUAUGACGUCACUAAGAUGACGUUUUGGUUCCACAUGAACGGGGUAGGCAUUGGUCAUCUUCGCUUGACAAAGCGGACGGCGGAAACACUUGAAUUCGUCAUAUGGACGAUGAACGGAAGGCAGAGCUCUGAAUGGUUAAAAGCAGAAGUUUCUCUCCGUCCUGGCAGAUAUCAGCUGAUAUUUGAAGCUUCCGCUUUGUUCCAUUACGGCAGCGAUUUGGCAGUAGAUGAUAUCACCAUGGCUCCCCAUCCCUCAUUCUAAUGGCGAAUAACACUGAGACUGUACGGAAAUCCGUAGGGAACGUACCGCUGCACCAAUAAUAGUUUUAUAUAUCCACUUAACACUAGCGCUGAUUUAUGUUUUUUUGUAUAAAUGGUUCAAAUUAAGCAUCUAUUUAUAAAUAAAGGUUUUAA